AUGACACCAAAUCAGCUGUCUCUGUGACAAAGCUUCAACAGGCAGUUGAGUCGGUGAUCUGCGAGCAGAGUGCAGCUAGAUUGUCUGGUGGGAACUCCAGUCCUGCACCCUUCACCUUAAAGCCACGAUUGAAAAGAUGAAGUCCCUCCUGUCCCUUCUCUCUUUAAUAACCAUUCAGCCCCUGAGGGGCUUCAAUAUUGACACCAACAGGAAGUGGAUGACACCUCACAGAGACCAUCUUUCUUGGCCCAAGGUCCUUCAGCACUCUGAUGGCCACAAAGCCUGGAUUUUGGCAACUUCCUCAGCAGUUAACAACCAAAGCAGGAUGCUUGGCAGGCUGAAUAAGUGCACUCUUGCCAAAGAAGCGAUCGAGUGUAAGAAGAUUGGUCUGAGAGGAAAUGUUUUUAAGUCAAAAAAUAUCCAGGACGGUGGCAUAGCUAUAGCUAGAAGUGCAGAAUGGAUCCUGGCUUGUCUGCAGAAAAAGCGUCGCCAAGCUUUUAGCACCGUGGAGGACCUGAAUGGAGUCUGCAGCCUGCUCACUCCUGAAUUUGAAGACGAGGCUUUCCUCAACCUUGCCAACAUCAUUGAGAACAAAUUAAACAGCAGUCACCAAAGUAGCAGCAGCAACAAGGACAAUGUUAAUGUUAUUAAACCUGAUGACUUCAUCAGCACACACAGCCCCCUGGGCAUCCGUAGUACUGGCAAUCACCCACCUGAUGAUUUAGGAAGCAAACAUGUAAUCAAAGAAAAUCCCCCAAAUAAAGGAGGUGGGCAUAGAGAUGAAAACAGCGACAGGAACAAUAAUGGCUAUGAGUCUGGCAUGGAGGAUGACGACGACAUGUAUGCAGGAACAGAGAUUGCUAUUGUUUUGGAUGGGUCCGGGAGCAUUGAGCCUGAGGAUUUUGAAAGGGCGAAGGCCUUCAUCUACACCAUGAUGGAAACAGUUUAUAAGAAGUGCUUCGAGUGUAAUUUUGCCCUUGUCCAGUAUGGCAUUGAAAUCAGGACAGAGUUUGACCUGCGGGACAGCUGGAAUACAAAUGCCACUCUCCAGAAAGUCCAGAACAUCACCCAGCUGUGCAAUGUGACCAGAACAGCCUCUGCCAUCCAGCACGUCCUGGACUUUAUCUUCAGUGAGGAUCGAGGGUCCCAGAAAAAUGCUGUCAAGAUCAUGCUUGUGCUGACAGAUGGGGAAAUAUUUAUGGAUCCACUGAACUUAAUGGAUGUGAUCAGCUCAUCCAGUAUGGCAGGAAUUGACCGCUAUGCCAUCGGGGUGGGAAAUGCCUUUAACAAACCAAAGGCCCUAGAUGAGUUGCGGCUAAUUGCCUCAGACCCAGAUGAGAUGCAUUUGUUUCGGGUGACCAACUAUUCUGAUUUAGAUGGGCUGCUUGCAAUGCUACAGCAGAAAAUCAUUCCCAUAGAAGGUACUGCAGGUGAUGCUAUGGAAUAUGAGUUGGCGCAAGCUGGUUUCAGUGCCCAGAUUUUCAACAAGCAAGACCUGCUGCUUGGUGCUGUGGGGGCCUUUGAUGGGUCUGGUGGAGUCCUGAGGUACGAACCAGUCACUAAGACAGCAGUUUUCCUGAAUGAAUCCAAGGAUGAAGUCAAAGGAGCACAAUACAGUUACCUGGGGUAUAGCGUGGCUGGGGUGAGUGCACAGCAUGGUGCCUUAUACGUUUCUGGAGCACCACGUCACAGUAUGACGGGGAAAGUGCUGGUGUUUCAAAAAGAUCGCUUGAAGGAAACAUUGCACGGAGAACAGGUUGGGUCUUAUUUUGGCUCGGAGCUGUGCCCAGUGGACCUGGACCAGGAUGGGGUGACAGACCUUCUUCUUGUGGGAGCUCCGUUGUAUCAUAUCCAUGGGGAAGAAGGCAGAGUUUAUGUGUAUCGUCUAGAGAAGGAGAGUGGUAGCUUCACCUUGGCAGGACACUUGCACGUCCAGCUGCUAUCUGCUUUUGCAAGGUUUGGGUUUGCCCUGGCCAGCAUUGGAGACAUCAGUAGGGAUGGGUAUGUGGACGUUGCUGUUGGAGCUCCCCUGGAAGACCAGUUUUCAUCUUCUUCUGCUUUCGGCAGCGUUUACAUCUUUAAUGGCAAUCAUGAUGGAAUCAGGAGCCCCUUUUCUCAGAGGAUAAGGGCAGUUGAAGUUUCUCCACGACUCCAGUAUUUUGGACAAUCCAUUGAUGGUGGCUUUGACCUCACCGCCGAUGGUCUCACAGAUAUCACAGUGGGAUCAUUAGGAAGUGUUGUUGUGCUCCGGUCCAGACCAAUUAUCAACUUUAACAUCACUAUGAAAUUCACCCCAGAAGAAAUAUUAGUCUUGGACAACAGCAGCAUCAUUACAGCAGAAUUGUGCUUUAACAUAAUCUCACCACUGAAAGCAUCCCAGCAAGGGAGUUUGCAUUCAUACAUUCGCUACACAGUGGACUUAGACUGGAAAAUGCAGAAGAAAAGAGCCCAGUUUGAGGAUCAGAAAACCUCACUGAGUGAAGUCUUUGCCAGUAACUCAACAUGCUCUGAGCUGCAGUUCUAUGUAUUGCUGUGUGACUAUAACUGUUUCUCCAGCAUUACUCUUAAGGUUAGUUACCAGCUCCAUUAUGAAACAGAGAUCAUGGAUCAUGCUGCUCCUAUGCUGGAUAGAUACAGUGAAUCUAACGUGUAUUUUCAGCUGCCUUACAAGAAGGACUGUAAUAACAAGGCCACCUGUGCUGCCAACUUAACCUUGAUAAGUCAACUUCACUGUGACUCUCACUCAUCCUCAGCCUGCCUGGAAUUAGUUGUGGGCCACACCAAGGAGCUGACCCUGAGCAUUUCUUUAACUAACAGUGGAGAUGACUCCUACCUUACAACUCUGGUCCUGACUUACCCUACAAAUCUACAGUUUAAAAAGAUGAUUCCUGAGCCGUCUUCUCCUGCUAUUCGUUGUGAUCCUCCAAAACCAUCCACCUCCUCCUUCUCAUCCAUUUGUGACAUUGGACACCCAACAUUCAAGGGGACCGCAAAUUUUGCAAUGAUUUGGCAACUAGAUAAAACUCUAGUUCCAUACAAGCUUGCAAACAUCACUGUUAACGUCACCAACAUAAACGAAGAUAGCAACAGUCCAAUUGAACACGCCCUUCCUGUCAAAUACGCCUUCAGCGCAGUCCUUACCAAGCCAACAUCUAUAAUAUACGUGAAUGUUAGCCAAGGGAUCUCCAAGAACAGAGAGAUCCAGUUUAACAUAAAUGGCGAAAACAGCUUCAGAGCUCCAAUUGGAUUACAGAUUUUGGUUCCCAUCAGCAUACAAGGUCGUAACGUAACGAGUAUAAGAAACGCAACUGGAAAACAGCUGGGAACUGUCUGCAGGCACAUCCAGUCCUGGGCGCUGCCUCCGUGGGACCUUCCCCGCGCCGCAGGAGCGCAGGUCAGUGAGGAAGUGAAGUAUCAGUGUGUGCACUGUGUUUUCACUGCAGACAGAGAAACUAUUACUGUGAUUGCUGAACUGCCAUUAAUUGAUUCCCACAAGUUCUUGAAAGCCAGAACUGACCUGCUGGUCACUGGAGAAAUCACCUUUGACAGACAGCUGUAUGUGGGCCUGAAAGAAGAGAACCACAAAGCAGAGAUCACUCUUGUCUUCUUGAAAGAGGAAAAACUCCAGAUCUUACCUGUUGUCAUCGGAAGCUCCAUUGGUGGAUUUCUCUUGUUGGCUUUCAUUAUUGGUAUCCUUUGCAAGUGUGGCUUUUUCAAAAGAAAGUAUCCAGCUAAAAUGAAGGAAAACAUGCUUUCUCAGGCCGAGGACAAGGCCGACUAGAACAGGAUCUGUGGUGGAGUCUCAUGCUCUUUGUGAAAACUACCGUGUCACAGCCUAUCCAGAAGUGAAGGGAUUCAGUUUCUGUGAGCUGGGAUGGAUGGUCAAGGCCAUGAACCUUAUGACUGCCACUUUUUGCUCUGUGUUUAGAGACUUUGCACUUCUGGGAAAUGCAGCCACCUGCCUGUGCAGCUGCCAUGGAUUGGGUGGCUCCUUGCAGAAGCUGGACUUCCCUAGGGUGAUAAAGAACAGACUCCUUAUUUCAGAUUCUGCCUAUGUGCAACUAUGCUGUUGAAAAUGCAAUUCAGAGCUUGCUGAAUUUGUCCACUUUUGUUGCUUCCUUUGCUAUUUCAAUGCUGAGCUGCUUUGAAACGGGCUUUAAUGGCAGGCAACUCCAGCGGUGGGGGAUGUAUGUAGCAACAAAUGGGUGGAAGCUCACUGUGCCAAGGUGCUGUGAUGAGCGAUUUGAGGUCAGAAGAGGCUCGGGACUGGAAAUACGAUGAGUCUUGAGGCAUUGUGAGUCUGAAUGGUAAGAUGCUGGGACUGAACUGCGCAGGGUUACAGCAGGUCACAACUGUGGCGUAUCAGGCAGCAGAGUGGAGGCCCAUGAAUAGAACAGCAGUGUGCUGCGCGCUAUGGGAACAGCAAUUCGCAGUGUGUGGUAAGAGUGUGUGGUCAAUGUGCAUAAUAGCUGCUUGAUCUGUGGUUGGUUCUAGUCCAGACUCUGGACAUUACCUCUAACCCCCCACCUCAAUUUUUACUUUUUUUUAAAGAAUGAACAUAAGUACCUUUAAAUAUUUCCGCAUUUGGCUGUGGUGGACCCUA